CAUUGGCGCCAAUUCUUCACUGUGACAACAAAUUGUUAAAAUACGGUUGUGAAAUUCCCAGUGAACUUGAUUUGAUUUUAAAACAAAUUUAUUAAGCGUAAAAAAAUGAUGAAUAACAAACGAAAACCAGGUACAUAUCCGCCAAAACCGGGUGGUUCAAAUAAUUCCCCAAAGCCAGGUGCUACGAAUAAUUAUCAGAAACGAUUUCGACAAGAUGAUGAUGAUGAUGAAGAUAUGGGUGGUUUUGAAAUGGAAUUGGCCAACAUGGAUAUGGGUGACGAACCAAAAUUGCUUGGCGAAGGACCCGAAAAUCAACAGACAAAUAUCAAAUGGGCACGCCCCGAUCCACCCGAACUUAAUCCAAAAACCGAUUGUAUAACAUUUCAACAAAUUGAUAUCGAGAAUUACAUUGGAAGAGCAAUGGCUGGAAUGCCGGGCGCACAAACUGGUCCAGCUCCUGUGAUUCGUAUGUUUGGUGUGACAAUGGAUGGAAAUUCAGUGUGUUGUCAUGUGCAUGGUUUUACGCCGUAUUUUUAUAUCGGUGCUCCAUCCGGAUUUGAUCACACACACUGUCAACCAUUCAAAGAGGCUCUCGAAAAAGCUGUAAUCAAUGAUAUGCGAUCGAACAGGGAGCAAGUACAAGAAGCGGUUUUAGAAGUGUCAAUUGUUCAAGGCAAAUCAUUGUACGGCUACCAUGGUGAAGAGGACUUUGAUUUUAUCAAAAUUACAUUGGCAUUGCCACGUCUUAUAGCCGCUGCAAAGCGAUUGCUUGAAAAGACAAUCGUUUAUACGGAAUUUGAUUUCCAAGACUGCCGUUCGUACGAAAGUAAUAUCGAUUUUGAUAUUCGUUUCAUGGUCGAUACGGGUGUUGUCGGUUGCAGUUGGAUUGAACUACCACCAAACACGUAUCGACAGAGAUCCAGAUUCAGUGUACCGACGAUUGAAUCUCGAUGUCAAAUCGAAGUUGAUGUUGCAUUCGACAAGUUCAUCGCGCACGAACCAGAAGGUGAAUGGGCCAAGGUGGCACCAUUUCGAAUUCUCAGCUUUGAUAUCGAAUGUGCUGGUCGCAAAGGUAUUUUUCCAGAACCACAACAUGAUCCGGUCAUUCAAAUCGCAAAUAUGGUCAUUCGACAAGGCGAACAUGAACCGUUUCUACGUAAUGUCUUCACAUUGAACACAUGCGCACCGAUCGUUGGAUCUCAAGUCAUUACUAAUGCAAAAGAAACGGAAUUAUUGGAAAAAUGGUCGAAUUUUAUUCGUGAAGUCGAUCCAGACAUUCUCACUGGAUACAAUAUCAACAAUUUCGAUAUUCCGUAUCUUCUAAAUCGAGCCCAACAUUUAAAAGUGAAAAAUUUCGAGUACCUUGGCCGUAUCAAAAACAUUCGAUCGGUGAUAAAGGAAACGGUGAUUCAAUCAAAGCAAAUGGGUCGUCGUGAAAACAAAUUUGUCAAUUUUGAAGGUCGUGUGCCAUUUGAUUUAUUAUUUGUAUUGUUGCGAGACUAUAAAUUGCGUUCAUACACAUUGAAUGCGGUGAGUUAUCAUUUUUUGCAAGAGCAGAAAGAAGACGUUCACCAUAGUAUUAUCACUGAUUUGCAAAAUGAAAGUGACCAAACACGUCGACGAUUGGCCAUUUAUUGCAUCAAAGAUGCUUAUCUGCCAUUGCGUCUGUUGAAUAAAUUGAUGUGCAUCGUUAACUAUAUGGAAAUGGCACGUGUGACCGGUGUUUCGUUGGCAAGUCUUCUGACACGCGGUCAACAAAUCAAAGUUGUCAGUCAAUUGUUGCGGAAGGCAAAAACUGCCGGUUAUUAUAUGCCAACACAUACAGGACAAGCUGGUGAAGAUCAAUAUGAAGGUGCUACGGUUAUUGAGCCAAAACGUGGCUACUAUUCGGAUCCAAUUACAACGCUUGAUUUUGCAUCGCUGUAUCCAAGUAUUAUGAUGGCACAUAAUCUGUGCUACACUACACUCCUGUUGCCUAAUUCGAAGGAGAAACAACGAUUAAAUCCGGAUACCAUAACGACGACACCAUCGAAUAAUCAGUUUGUUAAAUCAACCGUACGUAAGGGAUUGUUGCCGGAAAUUUUGGAAUCACUUUUGGCUGCACGAAAACGUGCAAAAACCGAACUCAAAAGUGAAACUGAUCCAUUCAAACGUAGCGUAUUGGAUGGUCGACAAUUGGCAUUGAAGAUCAGUGCAAAUUCCGUAUAUGGUUUCACUGGUGCACAAGUCGGUAAAUUGCCGUGUCUUGAAAUUUCGGGUAGUGUUACCGCCUACGGUCGAACCAUGAUUGAAUUGACCAAAAAUGAGGUCGAAUCACAUUAUACCAUGGCAAAUGGUUACGAUAAUGAUGCCGUUGUUAUUUAUGGUGAUACCGAUUCGGUGAUGAUAAAUUUUGGUGUCAAAACUCUAGAACGAAGCAUGGAAUUGGGUCGUGAAGCGGCCGAAUAUGUGAGCGCAAAGUUUGUACAGCCAAUCAAACUUGAAUUCGAAAAAGUAUACUUUCCGUAUUUAUUGAUCAACAAAAAACGUUAUGCUGGCUUAUACUUUACACGUCCGGAUACAUAUGAUAAAAUGGAUUGCAAAGGUAUUGAAACAGUGCGUCGUGAUAAUUCGCCAUUGGUUGCGAAUCUCAUCAAUAGUUGUUUGCAAAAGUUGUUGAUCGAUCGAGAUCCAGAUGGUGCCAUCAAUUUUGCAAAGCAAGUCAUUUCGGAUUUGUUGUGCAACCGUAUCGAUAUAUCGCAAUUGGUUAUUACAAAAGAAUUGACGAAAAAUGAAUAUGCAGCAAAGCAGGCGCACGUUGAGCUUGCGGCCAAGAUGAAAAAACGUGAUCCGGGCAAUGCACCAAAGCUUGGCGAUCGUGUACCGUAUGUAUUGUGUUCGGCAGCCAAAGGUACACCGGCCUAUCAAAAGGCAGAAGAUCCAAUUUAUGUACUUGAAAAUUGCAUUCCAAUCGAUUACACAUAUUAUUUGGAAAAUCAACUAUCAAAACCAUUGUUGCGGAUAUUUGAGCCGAUAUUGGGCGAAAAGGCUGAAUCGAUUUUAUUGCGUGGUGAACAUACGCGAACCCGAUCGGUUGUUACAUCAAAAGUUAGUGCACUUGGUGCAUUUACAAUGAAGAAAGAAACGUGCAUCGGUUGCAAAACCGUUUUGCAAAGUGGUUAUGAGCAAAGAGCGGUUUGUCAACAUUGUGAGGACAAGGAAGCAUCAUUGUAUCAACAGGAAUUGGCAUCGGAACGUUUAUUGGAGGAAAAAUUCUCUCGCCUGUGGACAGAGUGUCAACGAUGUCAAGGUUCAUUGCAUGAAGAAGUGUUGUGCACCAGUCGUGACUGCCCCAUUUUCUACAUGCGGAAAAAGGUUCAAAUGGAAUUGGAUACACAAGAAAAACGAGUUAAACGCUUUGGCAUACCUGCAUGGUAAUCGUUCUACUCUAACUCUUAACAUCGUUUGACCGUAUCUUUUUUUUCGAUGUGACACAAAAUUAUGAUGAUUAGAAUCUUUUUUAUCUCGUUUUCUCGUUGUUUAAUAUCAUUCGAAAUUGAACCAUAUCAAUAAAAUGAUCUGUUUAUCCAUUU